UCUCAAUGGCUGGGGCUGCUGAUGGACUGCAUUUAUUUAACUUGUCGCUCACAUGUAUCGGUUGUGUGCUGAAAAUAUUUUCAACUAUUUAUUGUGAAUAUUUAUUAACUUAUUAGUAAAAAUGAAUGUUUCAACGAAUGAAGGCAAUCCAAAUGUGCUAAAGCUAGUUAUUGCAGCUAAAAUGGCUCGGAAAUCUGUUACUGUAAAGAUAAUACAACCAAAAGAUAGUUCUCUGGAUCGAUUACCUUCUGUUGAAUUGUCAUCUGGACUAGUACUAUUUAGCACAAAUGUAGCAAUGCAGCUUCUAGCACCUCCGCCUGAAGAUUUAAAAACUGAUAAUGACAAAUGGUUGGAAUGGGAAAUAACUCAGUUACAGCCAGCAAUAGUAUUUUAUGGUAGUACAGGAACUUGCAAAGCUAUACAUAAGUCAUGUUUAUGGUCCUUAUUAAAAAAACUGAAUAAUGCAUUGAAAGACAAAAAGUACUUAAUUGAGGAUAAAAACGGUUUAUCAUUGGCAGAUGCAUGCAUUUGGGUGACUAUUUGGUCUACUAUACUAGUUACAGAAGUAGGAAGUGAAUUAUGUAAAGAAUAUUCAUCUAUAAAUGAGUGGUUAUCAAAUAUUGAGUCACUCUCUCUUAUACAGGACUCCAUUAAAGAAUAUGAAUUUGAAAGAGGUUCAAAAGCAAUUCUUAGUAUUCAAGCUGUAUCUUGGUUUCCUGUUAACAGUACUCUUAGUUCUCAAUCUCUCAAACCAUCCACAGCUCAUCUUAGUCCAACUAAAGAAAAGGAAGUGGAAGCCGUUGGUCAAGAAGAGAUGCAAAAUAUUUCCAGCAAUUGGUCUUCUAAAUCAUAUCCUGACAUGAAGAAUCUGUCUUAUCCUGUAUUACCAAAAAAGGGGGAGAAAAAUAUUUUAAUAACAUCAGCAUUGCCUUAUGUGAACAACGUUCCUCAUUUGGGAAAUAUUAUUGGUUGUGUUCUUUCUGCUGACAUUUUUGCCAGAUAUUGUAGACAAAGAAAUUACAAUACCCUUUUCAUUAGUGGCACUGAUGAAUAUGGUACUGCUACAGAAGCUAAAGCUUUAGAGGAAAAGACAACACCUCAAGCUAUUUGUGACAAAUUUUUCGAUAUACACAACGAUGUUUAUCGAUGGUUUAGCAUAGGGUUUGACCAUUUCGGUCGAACUACUACACCUGAACAAACAGAAAUUGUGCAAUCGUUCUUCCUCAAAAUAAAGUCACAGGGAUAUAUAUUAAGUGAAACUGUGGAUCAGCUUCUCUGCGAGACUUGUGAUAGGUUCUUGGCAGAUAGAUUUGUAGAAGGGACGUGUCCAAGGUGCAAAUACGAAGAUGCCCGUGGUGAUCAGUGCGAUGGAUGUGGUCACUUGGUGAACGCAACAGAUUUGAUCUCUCCACGAUGUAAAGUGUGUAAUAAUAGGCCUGUUGUUAAAAUUUCGCAACAAUUCUUCCUAGAUUUACCUAAGUUAGAGGACAAGUUGAAGGAAUGGUCUGGAACCGUGGAAAAGGGAUGGUCGAACGUUGCACGAGUUGUCGCAAAACCGUGGUUACGCGAUGGGCUUAAACCGCGGUGUAUAACGAGAGACUUGAAGUGGGGAAUACCCGUUCCAGUUAAAGGUUUUGAAAAUAAAGUGUUUUAUGUUUGGUUCGACGCACCUUUCGGUUAUAUCAGUAUUACAAAGAGGUACACAAAAGAAUACGAACAAUGGUGGAAACCCAGCGAUGUACAAGUUGAUUUAUAUCAGUUUAUGGCAAAAGAUAAUGUUCCAUUCCACGCGAUAAUGUUUCCUGCUUGUUUAUUAGCAGCUAACCAAGGUUACACAUUAAUGAAACAUUUGAUGGCAACAGAAUAUCUUAAUUAUGAGGAUACCAAGUUUUCUAAAUCGAGAGGUAUUGGUGUAUUUGGAACCGAUGCUAGAGAUACGGGUAUACCCGCUGACGUUUGGCGAUUUUAUCUAGCUUACGUUAGACCGGAAAGUCAAGAUUCUAAUUUCAAUUGGGAAGAUUUAGCGACUAAAAAUAAUAGCGAAUUAUUAAACAAUUUUGGAAACUUCGUCAAUAGGGCUCUAGUAUUCGCAGAGAGAUACUUUGAAUCUAAAAUACCUUCAAUAGAACUUCAGGAGGACGAUUUAGUACUACUAGCCUUGGCUCAGCGCGAAUUGUCCUCUUAUGUAAGUGCUUUAGAGCAAGCGAAAUUACGCGAUGGUUUGAAACACGUUUUAGGAAUAUCAAAACAUGGAAAUCAGUACAUGCAAUCCCAAGAGCCGUGGGUGAAAAUCAAAGGAACUGACAGUNUUAGAAAGAGAGCUGGGACGAUCAUCGGUAUUUGUUGUAACUUGGCGUGCCUUUUAUCAGCUCUUUUGGCUCCAUUCAUGCCAAAUACUACGCGCGAAUUAAGAUUACAAUUAGGAUUGGACAGCAGUAAUUACGGUUAUAUCCCUGAUUACAUCUCGAACAUACUCCCAACGGGACACAAAAUUGGUAAACCAUCUCCUCUGUUUAAAAAGAUUGAAGACAAAGAUGUAGAAGCGUUAAGGAAAAAAUAUUCCGGCAAGCAAGACACUACAAAUAACGGUGAACGCCGUGAUGCCAAAUCUUUGGACAACGCAAUUGCAGAACUGGAUAAAAAAGUUAAGGAACUAAAAGACAAACACGAUAAAAGCGGAUGGCAGGCCAACCAAGUUCAAAUUUUCUCAGAUUUAAAGAAAAAGCUUUCUGAUCUCAUAAGUGAAAAGAAUAAGUCACCUGAAUCUAAGAAUAAAAAAGCUGAAGUGGUUUCCGUAGCUGAACAAAACGGAGAUAUUUCAAUGGACGUAGCAAAUUUAGAAUCAGCUAUCGCCAAACAGGGCAAUCUUGUUCGUGAAUUGAAAGCUAAAGGAGACAAAUCUGUAUGGCAACCCGAAGUGGACAAGUUAUUAAAAUUGAAGAAACAGUUAGUAGAUAUCACUGGGUCAGUUGCAACUCCGACUGACAAAAAGUCGAAGAAAAAGAAAUAAAUAAAUCGAUAUCUAAUACAUUUAUAUUUCAAUCGUAAUUUGCAUAAUAAAAGAUCAUUAUCUGUUCUUUA